CUCUAAUACCUGCCAGUAUAUAAAGCGACGAGAAAAUUAUCGAAACAUCAGCUUCCAUCUGACGUCUGAAAGGUGUUGAAGAAAAUAUUCUUAUUUCCAAGAUGAAGGCUAUGCUGGCGGUCUCUCUCCUGCUGGCGGCGGUCUGCCUGCCGGCGCGCGCGGCCACUGUCCUCAGCUCCGGCGCCACCGGCUACGAGUACUUCCCUGGCUUCGGCUUCUACAAGUUCUACUCGCAGCCGCAGACGUGGACCGAGGCCGUGCAGACCUGCCUGGAGGACGGCGGUCAGCUGGGCGUCAUCGGCUCCCAAGAGGAGGCGCAGCUGUACCAGACCCUCCUGGCCCGCCACGCCAGGGUCUCCGGCGCCAGCAGCCAGAGCUACUUCUACGUCGGCCUCACCGAGUUCCAGAACUCCCGCGACUUCCUCACGCUCGGCGGCGUCCCAGUGGAAGAGACCGGCUACUCCACUUGGGCAUCUGGAGAGCCCAACAACGCUCAUGGAGUAGCGGAGAAGUGUGGAUCCAUCGACCGCAGCGUCAAGCUGAACGACAUCCCCUGCUCCGACAAGCUGGCCUUCAUCUGCGAGCUGAAAUACCCGUCCACAACUCGCCUGCACUAGUGCUCCUUCAGUGAUGUCUGUGGCUUUGUGGUGUUUAUUGUAAACAAGUUAAAAAUAAAAUCACAUCAAUUCA